UAUCCUGAUACAAAGACUAUGCUAAAAAAUAUAUCACGAUACAAAGACUAUGCUAAAAAAUAUAUCACGAUACAAAGACUAUGUUUAAAAGUAUAUCACGAUACAAAGACUAUGUUUAAAAGUAUAUCACGAUACAAAGACUAUGCUAAAAAAUAUAUCACGAUACAAAGACUAUGUUCAAAAAUAUAUCAUGAUACAAAGACUAUGCUAAAAAAUAUAUCACGAUACAAAGACUAUGUUUAA